UAAUGUGUAAUUGUUAGUUCAAUAUAAUUCAACAUUAAAAUAAUAUUUCUCCAUGAAUGGACCACAAAAAACAUUCACAAAAGCGUUUACGCUCAAGUAAAAGCUCAGAAGUAAUAAAAGAAUCAUUAACUCUGGAUAAUAAUAUUGAUAAUUACUAUACUGAAAAUAAUAAUUCAAAGUCUUUGAAAAGUCCAAGAGAAUUAUCAUCAAGGUAUUUAAAUUCAACGAGUCUAAGUGGAAGCAUAAAUAAAAAUAUUGUUAACGAUGACUCUGACAAUGAAGAAAGUAUUAACAAGAUUCCAAACGCGAAACAGUAUUACAGAAGAGACUCAUCUAGUUCAGAAGAAACCAACAAAAAUAAUUCCGAUGAUGAUGUUCACAAAAGGAAAAUCAAACAAACUGAUAAGAUAUUAUCUAGGCAAGAAAAACGACGUAAAAAAACAUCACAGAGGCGGAUGCAUCAUCAACGAGAAGAAAAACGUAUUUCGACGGCUCGGAAUGACAAUGAAGAAAACAUUGACGAGGAUCGGGCUUCUUUAAAACAAGACCAUCUUUCAAUGGCAACUAAAAAAUAUUCAAAACGGUCAAGAGCAAGAUCUCGCAGUAGCAAAGGAGAAAGAAGAAGAAGAGAUGAAGGAAGAAGAGAAGAACAAGAAGAUGUACACAGCAAUGAAUUGCCAAUAACAGAAUUUUUACGACAAGCUCAAGAAAACUCACGAGCACAAUAUGAAGAGCCUGUCCCUUUGCCCCAAUUGCGUACAGAUACUAUUUAUGUGCAAGGCAGAAAUCGUUUUAGUGCCGUUAAAAUUCCUAUGGAACGUUCUAGUCGAGGUCGCCGAGGUCCUGAUACAGAUGAAACUACUAUGUAUCCGAUUAAAAUUGCAAUAUUGGCGCAGAAGGCUUGGAAGAAUGCUGGAUUUAUUUAUCAAGGUCUUCUUGCUGGAAUGGCAUUUAUGCAUUUUAUUUUUGUUCAAACAUAUUUUAAAGCUUCGAAAAAAUCCGUUGAGGAUUAUUCAAUUAUUGCUGAAAUAUAUACAAAUUUAUUUUCAUUUUUUUUGGUAAUGUGUAUUAUUGCUGCUUUUGAUAGAUUUGACUUGGCGCAUUUUGAUAUAGAACAUUUCAGAGAAAUAUAUAAUAAUUAUGCUAAAGCUAUUGCAGUAAUCCCAUUAUAUAUUGCAGUAUUUUGUCUGCAUCAAGCGACAAUGAAAUUUGAUGACAAAUUGUCAUUAAUUAAUUACACAACAAAUACUACUAGUUUAACUAAUGAAAAUGUAACGAUGACUAUCAGUGAUGAAGAACUCAACAAUUGGACAGCAAUAACGUUAACUAAAGACGGAAUGGUUGUUGCUGCUUGGCUUUUUGUUUCAUUGGGUCCCCAAAGCGAUAUGCUUUUAACUCACCUUCAGUCAUUAGAAAAAUAUCAUGGCAGUGAUUAUUAUUAGGAUAGAUAUACAUAUAUAUUUGUUAAUAAAGGAUUGUAAUUAAAUGAGAAUAAUUAAAGUUAACAUGUACGAUUAUUAUUUUAUCGUCGGAAAAAUUUAUGUACUUAGUAAUUUGCAGUACAAUAACUAUAAUACAAAAGAUUACUAAUAGUAAAUGGGUAUUUAAAUGACAAUUUUAUAACUAUUAACUACAGAUGAAUUACAAUUUUUCGUUAAAUCAAAGUAAGACUGUAAAAAAUAAUAAUCAACAAUAAGACGUGAUAGUAAUAUAAAACAAGAGAAGGAAAAUAAAAUAAUAUUUAACAAAAUAAUUAGCAUUUUUUUUUUUUUUUUUUUUUUUUAUAGUUUUUGUUUAGAGUCAGUCGAUUCGCAAUACAAUUAGGUCACGCUCAUCGGUUAAUUACCGAUAACUUUUACACUUUCGCACCAUAACUAAUAUAUAUUUAUGUAUAGAAUAACUUCAGGUAUUGUAUGUAUAUAAUAUACUUUGUUAUUACAUAUAAUUAAAUACUUUUAUGGGUAGCGUUGACAAAUAAGUAUUUGCCAAUAAUUCAUCACCUCUAAAUAUCCCGUAUCCACUGAUCAUAUUUAUUAAAUUAUUUAUUUAUCUUGUCAACAAUUAUCUUUAUCUUAAUUAUCUUCAAAGUAAUUUAUUUAGUUCAAUAACAAAUUUUUCUUUUUAUACAAGGGUAUUUUCAGACAGUGUCCCCACCUCUAAUUUUUAAAUUUAUUCAAUAAUUUUUAACUGUCAUAACCGUAGGUAAAUUUAAUUAAUCAAUUAAAGAAAGUUAAGUCAUUAAUGAAAAAAGGAAAACGUUUAGAAAAAAAGGAUUUUUUGGCGCAAAAAAUAUUGUGUACUCGAUUAAAGACAAAAAUUUUCUCGACACAAAAAUUCUUUUCCCGCUUCAAAAAAUAUUUUUUUACUCCAAGAAAAUUUUUGUCUUUAACUCAAUGCAAAAAAAUUUCUUGGGGCAAAUGAAAAAUUUCUUGGGUUGAAUAAAAAAUUUCUUGAUGCAAGAACUGUUUUCCUGACUAAAAAAAAAUUUUCUUAUUUCAAGAAAAUUUUUUCACUCCCUAUGAAAAUUUUUGUCUUCAACUCAGGGUAAAAAAAAUUUCUUGAGAGGUAAAAAUUUUUUGCGCUAAAAAAUCAUUUUUUUUUGUGUAAUUAAAAUUUCAAAUUAAAAAAAAAAACAAAAAUUACUUACUAUUGUGAUCAAUUAGAAUUUAAACGAAAUUUUUAAUCUAAAUUUCAGAAAAAAAUUUAUAUCCAUUUCAUAAUUCGAAUUUUAAAGUUUCGUAGAUUAAAAUUUAUUUACCAAAUUUCAUAUGACUCCUAAUUAAUAAUAACUAUAAUUAAUUUUUUAAAAUCUAUAUCUCGUUGAAAUCGCAACUACGUUUAUUUUUUUCAAUUAAUGCUUUAAUUUAUUUUAAUUAAUUUAUAAAAAUUUAAUACCGUUGAGAAAGUCAUUAGACAUUUUCAAAAAGUGGGUAUUGUCUGAGAAUGCCCUUAAUGGACAUUGUUCAAUUUUUAAUUGAUAUUUAUUUAAAUUAUUAAAUUAUGAUAUAUUUAAACAUCAUUAGAUUAUAAUAAAAAUAUUUAAUUUUAUAAAAUUAUAUUAGUAAUUUUAAUUUUAAAUUCUAUUAGAUAUUUAGCCAAUUAAUAUAUGUAUAUUUAUAUGUAAAUAUUUAAAAGAUUCAAAUUACAACUUAAUUUAAAUGAUUACUAAUUAAAAUGUCAGCUUCAACGGGUGUUUUAUUUAUUCAUUUAUUUAUUUUGCUCACACGGUCAUACGCGAUGUUUAAAUAUCAACUUUUUAAUAAAUUUUAUUAUAUUAUUAUAUUACUUUUGGCAGGAAUGUUAUAACUAUAUUUUUCGCAGUUGCAUAGAGCUCAUAGCAAUAAUAAUAUUAAUAAUAAUAAUAAUAAUAAUAGUAAUAAUAAUAAUAAUAAUAAUAAUAAAAUAUGAAUA